CACGCUCCCCAGCCUUUCUACUUUUCCUUUCCUCUAUAGACGUGUUUUUCCUUCUUCUGGUUCACUCCAGAGCAGAGCAGCUCUGGAUUUCUCCGAGCCCUCUUCCCCCCCCCGGUAGCUGGAUUGCUGCCAGUGUCUCGCAGGGCCAAAGUUUUAUCUAUAGGGAUAUAUUUUUCGAUCCAGCCCAGCUGCGCGCAGACCGCCUGCAACUGAAUCCCCGCUCCUGGGGCAAGUUUAACCAGGGAGAGGAGCGGCAGCAGGGGAGCUGUUUGUGCCUCUCCUCCAGCUAUUCCUGUCAAGAUGGAUUUAUGACUUUAAAAGGAGCGGGAACGUGGGGGGGGGAAGAGAAGGAAAAUUGCCUCCAGGAGCCAGAGCUUACACCACAGCCCAGCAAAGACACGUAAAGGAGGGGGAUCUCGAGGCAUGAGCAGCGUACGAGUGGCACCCUGGGAUCUGGUAGAUCCUUGCACGUAAUAUGACUGAUUUGAAGUCUUCCGUCUGCCUUCACAGAGCCGAGCUUUUGGAUUUAAGGUAGUUUGCCCAGGACCAGACUUUGCUAUGUUGGCCAAGACGGUGCUUUCUCUUGGUCUGUGGCUGCAGUUUGCUGCGGGACAGAACGCACCUGAGAGAGGUCCGCAGCGGUCUGCUUCCAACUCGGAGGGGGACCUCCUCUUCUUGCUGGAUAGCUCUGGCAGCGUCUCUUACUAUGAGUUUAUCAGAGUCAAGGAAUUCAUGUGGGACCUCGUCCGACCUUUCACCUUUGGCCCCAAAGAUGUCCAGACCGGCAUCAUCCACAUCAGCACGAUGCCCACCAUGGAAUUCCCUUUUGACCAGUACCAGUCCAGCGAGACUCUGCAACAAGCCAUCCGGGACACUCAGCAGCUCAUGGGUGACACCAACACGGGCAAAGCGCUCUCCUAUGCCAAGGAGAAGUUCUUCAGCGACGAAGCUGGUGCCCGACCAGAUGUGCCCAAGGUACUGGUUUGGGUGACAGAUGGGUUCUCCACCGAUGACAUCUCUGAACCCAUGCAGCUCCUGAAGGACAUGGGAGUAACAGUCUUCAUUGUCAGCACUGGACGGAGCAAUUACCUGGAACUCUCUGCUGCGGCCAGCCAGCCUCCUGAGAAGCACCUGCACUUUGUGGAUGUUGAUGACCUCCCCAUCAUCACAGAGGAGCUUCGAGAUGCCAUCCUAGAUGUUAUCCAAGCAAAUCGGCUCCACGCAGUGGAUAUCACCUCAAGCAGCUUUCGUCUGAUGUGGCCCAAACUCCUCUCCCAAGAAACUGGCUACUACACCCUGGAAUACGCCCCAACAGAUGAUCUAGCACGGAAGAGGACCAAGCAAGUGUCUGGGGCUGACACUAGCCUCACGCUAAGCAACCUUGUGCCAGAAACUACUUACGAGGUGGCACUCAUUCCUGAAUCCAAUGUCCACUACUUCCCUCCCCAGACCACAAGGGUUACUACGCUGGCAGAGGAAAUAAGCCCGGUUCAGGUUCUCAUCUCAGAGUCGGGGCCACACAGCUUCCACGUGAGCUGGGCUCCUACGCUGGACAGCGUGGUCGGCUAUCAGAUCCUGUACGGACCGCUCCCUGGGAACUCAGUGAAGCUGCUGGAGGUGGAUGGCCAGCACAAUAGCACUGUGGUGGAGAACCUGGCACCCAAUACAACCUACCUAGUGACAGUGACUGCAGUCUACAAAUCGGGAAUGGAGAAAUCCCUGUCGGCUAAAGCAUGCACUCAGGAAGAGGGCUCCAAAGUGAGGCACCUUCGCUUUGAAGACAUGGGCCCCAACACUCUGAAAGCCUCCUGGGAUGCUGCCGAUGGGAAAGUCCUCGGUUACAGAGUCAGAUGCCGUCGGCAAACUGGCCCUUCAUCCGUCAUCAGUGUUUCGCCACAGAUCCACAGCGUGCUCCUCACAGACCUGGCUUCGGGCACCACCAACAAAGUGUGUGUGAAGCCCAUGUACAAGAGCCAGCCCGGCAAAGGGCUGUGCCGCAUGGUGCGCAUGCAGCCAGCUACAGAGGCCCAAGUAUAUAAGCACAGACAGAGAGCGUGACAGACUUUGGAGUGAACUGAUUCCCCACAGAGCAAGGAAUCUUGCUUGGACAAAGACUUGGACGAAAAGGAGGGCUCAGGGGAGGAAUCCGGAAAGCUCCCAGCUCAUCUCCCAGCCUGCGCUGUCUGUUGAGGUGUCCUGGUUGCCAAGCCUAAAGGCUGUCCUCAGCCAACUUCUCCCUAAGCUUAAAGGUUUGGAUGGAACAACCAAUCUGACUUGUAACGCCCAAAUCCGUACCCUCUCUUCUAUAAACAUGCCUGACAAAUAACAAACAAGAGUUAAGAGAUGAAUCCUCACUAUUGCUUGCUUCCUGCCUUGUUCUCUAUUUAUUAAACGUUGAUUCAGUUGUAUUUUUGCAGCUUAUGAGCAUGUUCAAGACUCAGCUGUUUGCUGCACUGGCCUUUUAUUCUGGGCACCUGCACUCAGAGGAAGAUCUCACGCUGCCAAACCCAUUCUUGCUGCCAAAUCCAUUCUUGCUGUCAACAGCCAUCGACACUGACACCCGACAGAAGGCUGUUUCCCUCCGACUCACCGCGGGGGCUCAACAGGUAGCUCCAAUUAGGCACCCCAAAAGCAGAGAUCUCGGAGGUGGAAGGAAAAAGCGUCAGGAGAAAGAAGAAUAGCGCAAUACAGUGCACAGAGGGAGCUCAGGUCAAAGCUCAGCUCAAAGAGAAGAGGAAGAAAAGAGGUCGUUAACCCACUUGGCCUUUGGCCAGGACGUGGAGACAAAACGCGAGGACAGUUUAGCGUUCCUGGGUGGUCUUUGGUUUAUGGUAGAGCCUGAUGGGUGAACUCUGAGAAGCAGAAUGACAGGGAAUGCCAAGACAGAGCUGACACGCACCAUCAGAGCACUCCAGCAGAACAGUUUGCUCCCUGUCUGCCUGCUGAAUUCCUCAGUCCCAUCACUUUUCCACUCUCCCUCCGGCACUGGUGUUAAAUUCAUCUGCUGCAGUGACAUACAGAUCCCAGCUGGACUUUGAGGGGUUCAGUUCCCCCAAGUCUUAGGAUUUGGUAUCGGUCUGAGAGAGCAGGAAACUCAAAAACUUGGAAUUGGCUUCCCCACAGGUUACGCUACUCUAAAGCUCUCAGCCCUCAGCUGAGCGUAAGGAGCAGCAGCGAGUCAAGAAAAGCCAGACAGCAACACCACCUAAAGCAGUUAUUUUUGUUUCUCACUCAAAUCCACUCCCCCAAACAGUAGUGGGGGACUGCCUGGACCACAACCACUGAAUUACUGCGGGAGACCCUCAAGCUGAAUGCCAGUCCUAUCAGAGCAGCUGCAUGGAGAUUCAUUACCCUGCUCUGUGAUUAAUAAUGGACAAUGAGUCUCCAGCACUCCCAUUCCAGGCUCUGUGCUCUGAAAACACCCAACACAUCCUUAGUGUCCUGUCCUGGGUUUCCACCUAGCACUAAGCUUGAGCUACGCUUAAAAAUCAAUUUUUUAGGGGAGAAGAGCAAAUCUGGUUCUUUCCCUUUGGCCGCAGGUUUCAAUGCGCUGUCACUAAGCUGCUCUAUUGAAAGGGGAGCUGGAGGAAAAAAAAGAGACCAUUUUAAUACCUAGUGACAAAGCCAUUGGAGCAGCAUGGUUCCAAGAUCCCGGCCGUAGGGCUGGAAAGCACUGUGCAUAUUUCUCUGGUCACAAAAUCCAGCGCCAGUAGGAACACGUCCCCUCAGUAGUGCUCGCUGUAUCUUAAACUUAUCGCUCAUUUGUCCUACACGUUCAAGUUGUUUUAGAAGCUGUGCUGCGCAGGAGAGCCCUCACUUUGCAAACCCUCCAUUAUCUCAGCUUAUAGACUUCUUAAAACAGCUUCUUUCAAAGCAGAGAGGAACUUUGUCACCGAGCGCCUCCCGAGCGUUGUAUUUGUCAUGUCUAGUUUCAUGGACCAUUGCGCAGGAGGAAGGGAUAGGAGGGACUGAGUCAUUCAUUAACUUGAUAAGAAGAUUUCACAUGAUUUGUGUUCUCCUUUGGAAUGUGCAUUUGUGAGUGAUUAAUCUUAAUGGAGACCGCGCUGAGGGGAAGAUAAAGCCUCUGGAAUCUCUCAUGCAAUAAGAUAAUCUUGCUUAUUCUCGCUGUAGGGCUGAAAUUAAUUUUGCACAACUCCCUGCAUAGUUUACUAACGCAUUAACGUGUCAUCCGCUCCAAUUGUAAUGCAUCCUUUCGAAGACAAUUAAAUAUACAAUACGAGAGCUA